AUGGAUACUUUGUUUAGACUAGUCAGUCUUCAAUCUGAUCAGUCUUUGGAUUAUUCUAGUAGAACGUCAAGCAGUUCUAGAUCUUCUAGACAAUACCCUUAUUACCAAGAAGAUAAAGAAUGCAUCAACGUUUUCAUGGAUGAAGAAGACUUUUCUUCUUCUUCUUCAAGACACUAUCAUCCCUAUCAACAGCAGCAGACCUCAAACACUCCCACAACCACCAACACUAGCGGAGGCGGCGCCACCCCAACUCAUCAUCAUCUUCCUAGUUAUGAUCAAUCAGCUGAUCAAUUCUCUUCCUCUUUUACAAACGACAUAAAUCUUGAGUUUGCACCAUUAUUCUCUGGUAAUAACAGCAAGUGGGCUUCUGAUAUCCUCCUCGAGACCGCGAAAGCCAUUGCUCAUAGAAACAGUGCUCGUGUUCAGCAGCUUAUGUGGAUGCUCAAUGAGCUAAGUUCACCCUAUGGCGACAUCGAUCAAAGGCUUGCUUCUUACUUCCUACAAGCAUUAUUUAGCCGCAUGAAGGAUUCCGGUGAUCGUACUUAUAGAACUUCAAUUUCCGCUGCCCAGAAGAAUUGCUCUUUUGAUUCCACAAGAAAAAUGGUAUUGAAAUUCCAGGAGGUGAGUCCUUGGACUAUGUUUGGGCAUGUUGCUAGUAAUGGUGCAAUUUUGGAGGCUCUUGAUGGUGAAAGCAAGUUACAUAUAAUUGAUAUAAGCAAUACGUAUUGCACACAGUGGCCUACUUUGCUUGAAGCACUUGCCACUCGCACAGAUGAAACCCCUCGCCUGCGGCUGACGACGGUGGUAGCCGGAAAAGGUGGCGACACCAACGGAGGUGCGGCUGCAGUACAGAAGGUGAUGAAAGAGAUAGGAAGUAGAAUGGAAAAGUUUGCUAGACUUAUGGGUGUGCCCUUUAAGUUCAAUAUAAUACACCAUGCAGGUGAUUUAUCAGAACUGAAUUUAGCUGAAAUGGAAAUUAAAGAAGAUGAAGCACUUGCUAUAAAUUGUGUAGGUGCCUUACGUUCCGUUACAACAAUUGGUAAUCGUAGGGACUUUUUGAUGUCCAUGUUUCGAAGAUUAUCACCUAGAAUUAUCACUGUUGUUGAAGAAGAAGCUGAUUUUGAUAUAGGUGCAGAUGGUUUUGAAUUUGUUAGGGGAUUUGAAGAAUGUUUAAGAUGGUUUAGAGUUUACUUUGAGUCAUUAGACGAAAGCUUUCCGAAAACAAGCAAUGAACGUAUGAUGCUGGAGAGGGCUGCCGGGAGAGCGGUGGUUGACCUGGUAGCUUGCCCUCCGGCGGAGUCGAUCGAGCGGCGAGAGACGGCCACGCGCUGGUCAAAUCGUCUUCAUGCGGCGGGUUAUAGCCCAGUUUCAUUCAGUGAUGAAGUGUGUGAUGAUGUACGCGCUUUGUUGAGGAGGUACAAGGAGGGCUGGUCAAUGGCACAGUGCUCAGAUUCCGCCGGAAUAUUCCUUUCGUGGAAGGAUCAGCCGGUGGUGUGGGCUAGCGCAUGGAAGCCAGAUUGA